UAAGUGAUUUCAAUUGUAUAGAGUAGUUGCUGUGAAUUCGAACGUAUCUGUGAAAAUCGAUUUGAAAGUUCAGCCCGUGACCAAGAUGAAAGCUUUUAUUGUGGUUUGCCUGGCUUUGGCCAGUUUGGUCUCUGCGGGAGAAGUUCAGUACCCAGGUAACUCCGCAUGGGGCUACUUGGUGAAGUAUGGUAUUCCUGAGGCUGAGAGGAUCAAGGCUGCUGAGGAGAAACUCAGUCACUCCAGAAUUGUUGGAGGUGUUCCCGCUGGACAAGGACAAUACCCAUACCAGGCUGGUCUUCUCAUCUCCAUCAUCGGUUUCGAUGGAUCCGGUGUUUGCGGUGGUUCCCUCAUCAGCGCUUCCAGGGUGGUGACUGCUGCUCACUGCUGGUUCGAUGGUGUGCAUCAAGCAUGGAGGGUCACUGUUGUUCUUGGCUCCACAACUCUCUUCUCUGGCGGUACCAGAGUUGAGACUAGUGUGAUGGCCAUGCACCCGAACUGGAGUCCAGCUCUUAUCCGUAAUGACGUCGGUGUACUCUACUUGCCCCAAGCUGUGCAGUUGUCCGCCAACAUCGCACCCAUUGCUAUUGCCUCCGGAUCCUCAGACUUUGUUGGUGCAUCAGCCAUCGCAUCUGGUUUUGGUUUAACAAGCUCUGGUGGAAGCAUCAGCUCCAACCAGGUCUUGAGCCACGUUCGCCUGAAUGUCAUCGCCAACAGUGCCUGCAGCUUCGCCUUCCCGUUCGUUGUCCAGCCUUCCAACCUCUGCACCAGUGGUGUUGGAGGUGUUGGUACCUGCAGUGGCGACUCUGGUGGUCCUCUUGUAGCUAGCCAGAAUGGACAGAAUGUUUUGAUUGGUAUCACCUCAUUCGGAUCCGCUUUCGGCUGCCAAAUCAACCUGCCAUCAGUCUUCGCCCGUGUUACCUCCUUCGCCAGCUUUAUCAACCAGCACCGAUCUUGUUAUUGCUCAGUGAUUGUUUUAAGUAUCACCAUGAAGGUCUUCCUUGUCCUAGCUUUGGCGACUCUUGCCUACGCGAACGUAGAGCCCGCUCUUGACGGUAACACCGCGUUUGGCUACAUCCAGAAAUAUGCCAUCCCAUUGGCAGAAGAGAUCCGCAAAGCUGAGGAACAGAUGAGCCAGCAAAGAAUUGUUGGUGGAUCCCCAUCUAGUGAGGGUCAAUUCCCCUACCAGGCUGGUCUUCUCGCUUCCUACGCUGGUAUCUCUGGCACCGGUGUGUGCGGAGGUUCCCUCGUCAGUGCAAACAGAGUGAUCACUGCUGCCCACUGCUGGUUUGAUGGUGUGAACCAGGCUUGGCUCUUCAACGUUGUUCUUGGUUCCAACACACUCUUCUUUGGCGGCACCAGGAUUGAAACUAGCGCUGUUAUCCUUCACCCCAACUGGCAGCCACUACUUGCCCGCAACGACGUUGGUGUUAUCUACCUACCUAUCUCAGUUCAAUUCUCAGACUCCAUCAAGCCCAUUGCUCUGCCAUCUGGAGAUCAACUGAACAAUAACUUCGUCGGUGCUACCGCUGUUGCUUCUGGUUUCGGUUUGACCCGUGACGAUGGAUCUAUCUCAACCAACCAGUACUUGAGCCACGUUAGCUUGAACGUUAUCUCCAACAACGUCUGCUCCUACGCUUUCCCCCUGAUCUUGCAAUCCUCUAACAUCUGCACUAGCGGUCUCGGUGGUUCCAGCACCUGCAGGGGUGACUCUGGUGGCCCUCUGGCUGUUACUAUUAACAACGAGCCUGUCUUGAUUGGUGUUACCUCCUUCGGAUCUGCUCUUGGUUGCCAAGCUAGCUUGCCUGCAGCUUUUGCCCGUGUCACAUCUUUCGUCGACUUCUUCAACCAACACAUAUAAUUUUUUUAAACAAAUAUAAUUUAAGUUUUUCUCAAAAA